AUGUUUUCUUUCGAGGAUGUGGUACAUCGUGUAGUGCACAUCAAACGCUUCCUCGACCAAACUACAACCGCCGCUGCAACGACGAUGACGACGCUAGUAGUGGGGCAGAACUUGCCUGGCAGCCGCAACGAGGAGUUCUUUGGCUGGGAGGAGACUACGGGAGGCCGCGGAGCCGAUACUGGUGGCGCCUUUGAGGUGGAGCAGCUGAUCCAGCGACAGAUCCGCGCUGACCCGACCGCGCUCUCGCAUAUCUACGAUGUGCCUGACGACCAGGACACGUAUCUCUGGCAGUAUGAGCAUCUGCGUCAGGUGAUGAAGGAAUUGAAUGUGCUGGUAGCUCGGCUGGAUGGCAGCUGUACACGCGAGUCGUGUCCUGUGAUGAAAGCCACGGACGACUGGGUGUUCUUGUGUGCAGCACACAAGGCACCCAAGGAAUGCUGCGCCUUCGAGUACAUUGUGCACACCAUGGACAACGUCAACACGCUGCUCACGAGCAGCCGCGUGUUCCCGUCACGUGUGAGCAUCAGCUCCAACGCCACUCAGUACUUCCAGUCAGUCUCCCGUCGUUUGUACCGCAUCUUCUCGCACACGUACUUCCACCACCCAGAGGUCUAUCAGGAGUUCGAGGACAAGUCGUAUUUAUGCCAUCGCUUCGUCUACUUCGCGCUGCACUUCUGUCUUAUCCCAAAGAGUCUGCUUAUCAUCCCCGACAUCGGCUAG